AGGUUCUGCCUCCAGGCAGAAGGUGCCAGUCCACAGCAGGCCUUUCUGAUUGCCAUUUCUUUUCUUUGCCCCGACUGGCCAGGCUCUGCUGCAAAACUGGCCUGCUACUUCACUAACUGGGUCCAGUACAGAGAGGGGGCUGCUUGCUUCUUACCCAGGGAUGUGGACCCCAGUCUGCGCACCCACCUCAUCCGUGCCUUUGCUGGCAUGGACAGUCACCAACUCAGCUCCAUAGAAUGGGAUGAAGAGACACUCUACAAGGAAUUCCAUGGCUUGUAGAAGAUUAAUUCCAAGAUGAAGACGCUGUUGGCCACUGGGGGCUGGAGCUUUGGCAUUCAGAAGACAGACAUGGUACCUACAGUCAACAACUGACAGACCUUUGUCAACUCAGCCAUCAGGUUUCUGCACAAAUAUGACUUUGAUGGCCUUGACCUUGACUGGGAGUACCCAGGAAGCUGAGGGAGCCCUGCUCAGCACUUCACUGCCCUGGUGCAGGACCUGGUCAAUGCCUUUCAGCAGGAAGCCCAGACCUCAAGAAAGGCAUGCCUUCUGCUAAGCUCAGCCAUCCCAGCAGGAUGACCCUACAAAGAAGCUGGAUAUAAUGAGGUGGACAAAAUUGCUCUGAACCCGGAUUUCUGCAGCCUGAUGGCCUAUGACUUCCAUGGCUCUUGGGAGAAGACUACAGGGCAUGACAGCUCCCUCUGUAAGAGGCAGGGAGCGUGUGGCAUCAUGGACAGACUCAAGGUUGAAGAGGCACUAAGGGGCUUCUUGAUGAAGGGCAGACCUGAAUCCAGACUGGUGGUGGCUAUGCCCGCCUAUGGACGAUCCUUUACCCUGGCCUCCUUGUUGGACACCACAGUGAGGGCUCAAGCCAUGGCGCAUGGAAUUCCUGGCCCCCUCACCAAAGACGGAGGGAACCAAAGACUGCUAGCUUACUAUGAAGUCUUCUCUGGGAAGGGUGUUGCUGAGCACAGAAUCAAGGACCAGAAGGUGCCCUAUGUCUUUCGGGGCAUGUGGGUAGGUUUUGGUGAUGUGGAGAGCUUCAAAACUAAGCUCAGCUUUCUGAAACAGAGAGCACCAGGGGCCAUGGUUUGGACACUGGACACAGAUGAUUUUGCUGGCUUCUUCUGUAACCAGAGUUGGUAUCCCCUCAUCAAGACAUUGCGGUUGGAGUUGAGUCUUCCAUAUAUGCCUUUAGACCUCCCCCCAGAACCUGAUGUUUCUGCACCACCCCAGCCCUCUGAACCUGAGCAUGGUUCCAGCCUUGGACAAGACGCUUCAUGCCAGGGCAAAGCUGAUGGGCUUCACCCCAACCCUCUGGAGCGGUCCAGUUACUACAGUUGUACAGGGGGGUUGUUCCAGCAAAGCAGCCCGAGGAGCCUGGUAUUCAGCUCCUCUUGCAAACUCUGCACCUGGAGUUGA